GGGAACGAGUGGAAUUCUGGGAGCUGGGCCCGCCAUUCGCUUGACGCACGCCUUCCCCGUAGCAUCUUUCGUAGCGCACCGAAGAGAAGGAAAAGUAGGCCAGAUCCGGUGAGGCUGGGGACGGGCGAGGGGAGGUCGAGGCGCCUGUGAGGGGCCAGGGGCUGGAGAAAGACUUGCUGCAUGGAAAUCUGCGGGGCUCGGGGAGGGAAGAAAGCGGGAAGCUUGGGCCACCCAAACAUCAGCGUCGCCUCACUAGCUCCUGGAAAACUCUCUUCCUGCCAAGAUGUCUAUUGGUGUGCCAAUUAAAGUACUGCAUGAGGCCGAGGGCCACAUUGUGACAUGUGAGACGAACACCGGUGAAGUAUAUCGGGGGAAGCUCAUUGAAGCAGAGGACAACAUGAACUGCCAGAUGUCCAACAUCACAGUCACAUACAGAGAUGGCCGAGUGGCACAGCUGGAGCAGGUAUACAUCCGUGGCAGCAAAAUCCGCUUUCUGAUUUUGCCUGACAUGCUGAAGAACGCACCCAUGUUAAAGAGCAUGAAAAAUAAAAACCAAGGCUCAGGGGCUGGCCGAGGAAAAGCUGCUAUUCUCAAGGCCCAAGUGGCCGCAAGAGGAAGAGGACGUGGAAUGGGACGUGGAAACAUCUUUCAGAAGCGAAGAUAAUUUUCUAAGUUGAACAACUUUGUCCUUUUUUCUUUCAGGUUAUCUGAGUUCGUUGGGGUGGGUGCUUGUGUAUAUGUCCUAGGUAUCUUUUGACAUCUUUCUCUUUAGAUCAGGGGAAAUGUUUAAGCUAAAUAAAUCUGGGGGGUUUUUUGUUC